GAAGCAAGAUGGCGGACCUCGAAGACGUUACGCUGGACGGGAGGCCGCUUCAUUCGCUCCGAGUGGCCGAUUUAAAAGCCGCUCUGGAGCAGCGAAGCCUCCCUAAAAGCGGGCAAAAGAAUGCCCUGAUCAAGCGACUCAAAGGGGCUCUGAUGCUGGAAAACCUGCAGAGAACCUCCACGGCUCACAUUGGGCUCCAGCCAAACUCCCAGAUUGGGGAGGAGAUGAGUCAGAACAGCUUUAUAAAGCAGUACCUGGCCAAGCAGCAGGAGCUCCUGAGACAGCGUCUGGAGAGAGAGGCCCGCGAGGCGGCCGAGGCCGACGAUGUGGACAGCCCCGCAGGCCAAGAUCAUGAUGACCACACUGAGGCCAAUGACAGUACUUCCUGUCCUCCACAAGACCAGGAAGUCUCUCCUGUGGUGGGUGUCCCGCACAAGCAGCCCCCCUCCUUUGGCCAGCGAGAGGAGAAGGAGGAAGGAGAGGGUGAUGGGGGUGGAGCAGAGCAGAUGGGGGAGGAGCGUCGAGCGGGAAGACGGAGCCCAUGGAGUCGCCUGCUGCCUUUCCCCAGUCCAACGCUCGCAAAGCGGCUUUCUACCAGGCCCAGGACGGCCAGACAGACGCCACCCCCCCCGCACCUGGGCGGCCCCUCCCUGGAGCUGGGGUCCCAGGAGGUCCCGGGCGGGCGGGGCCGGCGCUCAUCUGCCCGGCAGAGCCGCGAGGACCCCGCCCCCUCCUCACCCUCGGCCCCGCCUCGCGCUGUGGCCUCGCUGUCGGUGCGGGUGAUCGGAGAGGCGGACAGACAGGGCUCCGCCCACUCUGCCCCGCAGCCCGGCUCCGCCCACUCUACCCCGCAGCCCGGCUCCGCCCACUCUACCCCACAGCCCGGCUCCACCCACUCCGCCCCGCCCGGCCAGCCCGCCCGAGCGGCGCGCCCCCCGCAGGACAGCGACGACGACAGCGACGAUGACGAUGAGGAGGAGGAGGAGGAGGAAGAGGAGUGGGGUUCCGGAAACAGGAUGGGCGCUGCUUGGGAGCCCCACAGCAGCCAGCUGGCUCGGGAGAGAUCCAGGCGGACCCUCCAACCCCCCCAACGCAUCCCGCCCCAGAUAUCCCAUCAGCCCCAGCUGCAGCUGCGCCAGCCGACGCCGCCUCCUUCUCCUCCCCCAGAGUUCUCCUUCCCCCUGCCUGAUACUCCCAAGCAAAGCCCCCCCAGCCUGGAUGAGGCAGAGGCGGGGCCGGGGGCGGGACAGGGGGCGGGGCCGCGGAGGCACCCCGAGGCCGGCCACUCCCCUCCCUCCCUGCAGCGGCAGGACAGCAGCUCCAGCUCCGGCAGCUCCAGCAGCAACAGCCGCAGCAGCAGCCCGGAGCCGCAGGGGGGCGCUGGAGAGCGCAAGCCCGGCCCGCUCACGCUGCUGGCGCGCAAGAUGGAGUCUGAGGGAGCCUUCGCUGGGGGCCGAAGGAAGGGCCGGCCGGAGGCUGAGGGGGAGGAGCCGGCGGGGGUGGCCCUGCCCGAUGGCUCGGCAGCCGGGCUCUUCCCCGGGAACGUCCUCCGCGAUGCGACCGCCGCUGCGACCGCCGUCGCCCACCUGCCCGGUGCCGCGCCCGCACUGCUGCCCGCCGCCCUCAUGGCCAAGAAGAGCCUCGUGGCCGCGGCGGUUCCCACCAUCACUUUCAGCGCCACCGCCGCCCCGGGGGCUCGAGGAGCCCCUUUCAGCACCACCUCUGCCCCGGCCAGGGUCGUCACGGCCACUGCUGAAGACCCAGAAAGGAAGGGGGAGCUGGAGAGUGUGGGUGCAGACAAAAUCGACAGCCGAGAAGCAGGAGAGAUGCUACAUUCAAGGGAGAAGGAGAAGGAGAGGGAGAGGGCUCUGGAGAGAGAACGAGUGGAGAGAGAGAAGGCUCUAGAGAAGGAAAGGGAGAGAGAGCGGGAGGAGAAGGAGAAGGCCCUCAAGAAAGAACGAGAGGAGAAAGAGAGGGCUCUGGAGCGAGAGAGGGAGAGAGAACGGGAGGAGAGGGAGAAGGCUCUAGAGAGAGAGAGGGCACUAGAGAGAGAGAGGGCACUCGAGAGAGAGCGCAUUGAGAGGGAGAUGGCACUAGAGAGAGAACGACUGGAGAGAGAGCGGGUGGAGAAGGAGAAGGCCCUAGCAAGAGAACGAGAGGAGAGGGAGAAGGCCCUAGAGAGAGAACGAGAGGAGAGGGAGAAGGCCCUCGCAAGAGAACGAGAGGAGAGGGAGAAGGCCCUAGAGAGAGAACGAGAGGAGAGGGAAAGGGAGAGAGAGCGGGUGGAGAGAGAGAUGGCCCUUGAGAGAGAACGAGUGGAGAAGGAGAAGGCGCUAGAGAGAGAACGACUGGAGAGAGAGCGGGUGGAGAGAGAGAUGGCCCUAGAGAGAGAACGCUUGGAGAGAGAACGGGAGAGGGAGAUGGCCUUAGAGAGAGAGCGAGAGGAGAGAGAACGGGAGAGAGAGCGGUUAGAGAGGGAGAUGGCCCUAGCGAGAGAACGAGAGGAGAGGGAGAAAGCUCUAGAGAGAGACCGAGAAGAGAGAGAAAGGGAGAGAGAGCGGUUGGAGAGGGAGAAGGCACAGGAGAGGGAAAGAGAGCAAGAGGAGAAGGAGAAGGCCCUUGAGCGAGAGAGGGAGAGAGAGCGAGACGAGAGGGCGAUGCUGGAGAGUCGUUUACCCCCGUGGAAACGUGGGCGAGAGUUCGGUGGGCUCAGCUCCUCUCUGAUCCCCACCCCCGCGCUCUCUGCUGUGGCGGAAAAGAAAGACCCCGAGAGGGAGGACCCCGCAGCUGGCCACUCUGUGUCCCAGACGCCCGGGAGACCCGGCCAGCCGUCAGAGAGCCAGCCCCCCACCCCACUGUCACCCCAGCCCUCCUCCAAGAAGUUCCGCUUCCUGAGGGACACCCCUGUGCUGUCCUCUCCCUCCUCCGCUUCCGCCACUCCCCUCAUCAAACGGCCACGCACCUUCUCCGACACGCCCCCGGGCGAGACACCCGCCCCGCUGGCCUCCCCCCGCAGGCCUGGCCCAGGCGAGGAGGGGGCCAGUGGGGGCGAGACCGCGGCGCCCGCCGUGGACAGCCCCGUCGUCCCACAGCCUGAGGGGGUGCUCUACGCAUCGGCCCCCUUCCCCGCCACUGCGGGGUCAGACAGACAGGCACCGCUGCAGACGCCUGCCAGGCAGGGGGUCCUCGUGUCAGGACCCCAGCAGGCGCACGAUUCCGGCCUGCCCUGGCUGGAGGGAAAGAGCCCAGAGGUUGCCGUGGAGAUGAGGGCACUAGCUGAGAUGCCCAGGCCGGAUGUUGGUGGGGGGAGGGUGCAGGAGGGGGAGAGAGCGGUGAAACUGGCCCAAGCCGAGGCCCCUGAAGGAGUGAGAGAGGCGCAGAGGAGCCUGGCCCCAGCUGUGCGCCCCGUCCUGCCCCCGUCUCCUCCCCCCGAGGAGAGCGAGGCAGAGAGAGAGCCGGACGGAGAGGGGCGGUCCUCUCCCUCCACUGACUCCUCCCCCUCUGACUCCGAUUCGGGCUCCACCUCCUCACGCUCCUCUGGCUCAUCCUCUUCCUCAGAAGAGAAAGAUCACUCUGCUCCCAGGAGCAGGAGGUCUGCCAGCGCUCAGCGAGACUCGGUGUCCCAGGACAGCGAGGCGUCCGGUCGCCCCGAGGCCGGGCCACCCCGUAAGAGGAGAGGGGAGCAGCCGGCCCAGGACAGAAGAGCCGAUGCUGACGAGGGAGAGAGCCAGAGCAAGAGGCCCUGUCUGGAUAAAGAAAAGGAACAAGGAGAGCAGAAGAAAGAAGAGAAGGAAGGAGGAGAGGAGGAGACAAAACACCCAGCCAGGUCAGACCCCACAGGCUGCGCGCGCACACACACACACACACACACAACUGGCGCACUCAGCGUGUUACUAUCGCUGCGGGAACUGGGGCCGUUGAAACGGGCGGGGCAUUUCGAGUCGGGGUUCGGGCCCGACAGUAUGCUGUCCGAAAGCAACAAAAACGGGGAGGGGAAGCAGGCGGGCAUGUCGGAGUCUGGGGGCCCUGAGUGUGAGCAGGCUGCUGAGAGCAGCGAGGGCCGUGUGGAGGAGAGCACCACUCCUAAAGUGUUCACUGCCCGGAAGAUCUCCCUGAGCACAGCCAGUAAGCCGUCCCCAGGGGGCGGGGCUGUAGGAGUGGGCGUGUCCGCGCCCGCAGCAGUGCCCCAGGGCCCGCAGGGGGAGGCGGAGUCCGGAGGCCCAGCGGGGAGGAAGAGGAGGUGGGGCUCCAGCACAGCAGUCACAGCCAAGAAGCCCUCCAUCAGCAUCACCACAGACUCACUGAAGUCUCUGAUCCCGGACAUGAAGCCGGCAGCAGGCGCGGGGAGCCAGGAGGCGGUGGUGGAGCUGCACCCCGAGGAGGGCCGUCUGUCCGGGGACGAGGAGGGUGCCGAGCAGGGCGAGGCCGGAGAGCCCGGCCUGGACAAGGACCUGAAGAUCCGCCGCACCGUCACACAGGUGGUCCACGCGGAGGGCCAGGAGAACGGACAGAAGGAGCUGAAGACAGCAGAGGAAGAGGAGGAGGAGGAAGGAGAGGCAGAGGCAGAGGGGGUGACCAAGGAGGAGAAUGAUAACAGCAGCUUCCAGGUGGCCAUGGAAACGCAAACCCCUGCAGCCGCACGCGAGGUGGAGCUGAAGAAAGUUACCCCCAGCGACACUCUGGUGCGACGCUCCAUCAGCCAGCAGAAAUCGGGGGUGUCGAUCACCAUUGAUGAUCCAGUGCGAACAGCCAAGCAGCCCUCUCCCCCCCGCGGCAAGGUCACCAACAUCGUGCACAUCUGCCACCUGGUGCGGCCGUUCACUCUGGGGCAGCUGAAGGAGCUGCUGAAUCGCACUGGCACCGUGCUGGAGGAGGGAUUCUGGAUCGACAAGAUCAAGUCCCACUGCUACGUCACUUACUCCAGCACAGAGGAGGCAGUCGCUACCAGAGCUGCUCUGCAUGGUGUGAAGUGGCCCCAGAGUAACCCCAAAUUCCUCAGCGUGGACUUCUGCGAGCAGGACGAGCUGGAUUUCCACCGGGGGCUGCUGGUACCGGAGCGCGGGGCGGAGGAGGACCGCGGGGGGGCGGGGGCCGCGGGGCCGGCGGGGGCCCCCCCCUCGCUGCUGCCUGAACGGGAGCGGGGCGCGGGGGGCGUGCGGGACCUGUGGGCGCAGAGAGAGAGGGAGAUGGAGCGCAGGGAGAGGGCCCGCGCAGAGAGAGAGUGGGACCGCGACAAGGUGCGGGAUUUCGGCAAACCCGGAGAGGACCGGGAGGGAGGGGCCAGACGCUCCCGCUCCCGCGACAGAGAGAGGAGGCGCAAGGAGAGGGGCAAGAGCAAGGAGAGGAAGACCGACAAGAAGGAGAAAGCCCCAGAGGAGCCCCCAGCCAAGCUGCUGGAUGAUCUGUUCUGCAAAACCAAAGCUGCCCCCUGUAUAUACUGGCUCCCUCUGACUGAGCAGCAGGCACUGCAGAGGGAGGCGGAGCGGGCGGAGCGGAUGAAGGAGAGGGAGCGGCGGCGGAAGGAGCAGCAGGAGGAGGAGGAGCGCAAGCGUGAGGAGGAGCGCAGGGAGAGGGCCAAGGGCCGGGAGAAGGAGGCGGGGCCGGGGGCGGGGCCGGCGUCGGGCGGGGCCGGGGCAGGGGCGGGGCCGGGGGGCAGCGGCCGCGGGGCGGAGGCAGACAGGGACAGAGAGCGAGACAGAGACAGGGAGAGGGGCAGAGACAGGGAGGCGGAGAAGAGGAGAGAGGGGUACCGCAGGCCAGGCGCCCAGGGGGCCAGCCGACGCUCACGCAGUCGCAGUAACCCCCCGCCCCGAGACAGGCGACGCUGAGAGGGGGAGAGAGGGGAGAGUGGGGGAGAGGGGGAUGGAGAGAGAGAGGAGAGAGGAG